CGGCUUAAAUAUUCUCAUGAAAAUCAGAGUUUUCUUUCGUGGGUUCGAUUUUAUACAAAAGUCGGUGUUGUCGUCAAUUUGUUUUUUCUUUUAAGUAUAACAUUGACGCCGCAAUGAAUUUUACACCUUCACGAGGAAUCCAUGAAUUAAGUUUCACAUCGGCCUAUUCAUCCUCACGCAAUAUUUACUCAUGGAAAUGUGCUCCGAUAUUUAUUCAACUCGCAUUACGGUGUCAAGAUGGCAAAGCCUUAAGCCUGUGUACUUAUUCGCGUUCGAAGUGAUGUAUGCAUGCAUGUUUCAUCGAGGCUACGUGCACAAUGUUGCCAAUUAUCCUUAGUUUUGCAACAUAGGGUCCUGGGUGUUUCUUGCAGCAGCAUCGGCGUUGCUCUCCUGCUACUCCUGGUCGUAGUUUGCGCUGUGAGCGAUGCAGCAAGAUAUCGAAUUAAAUUUGUACUCUUUAUUUUUCUCAGUGCAAUAGCGGCGACAUGGUGCAUACCGAUUAUGCUCUUCCAGCCAGGACAUUGGAAAAAUGCGCUCAUACCUGCGUGGGGAGCACGACAAAUUGCAAAACUCCUGGGAAUACAAUUCCAUGUUCGUGGGAAGGAAAAUAUCGUCAAAGACACGGGUUGUGUGGUGUUGAUCAAUCACCAGAGCGGACUUGAUCUUUGCGUAUUGGCAGAGUUGUGGCCUGUGCUGGAACGAUGCACGGUGAUUUCAAAAAAAGAGAUUCUCUACUUGGGGCCGUUUGGCCUCGCCUCCUGGCUUUGGGGUACGAUUUUCAUCGACAGACGGCAAGCUGAGCAAGCACAUAGCACCAUGAACUCGACGGCGGACAUUAUCAAUAACAGAAAGGCAAAACUUUGUCUAUUUCCUGAGGGUAAGCGGCACUCCGGAACGACGCUGCUUCCGUUUAAGAAAGGCGCCUUCCACGUCGCCAUCGCCUCCCAGACCCCGAUUCAACCGGUCGUCGUUUCGAAGUACUAUUUUCUCAACGACAACCUCAAGAAGUUUGGCUCGGGAAAAAGUUAUAUCACCAUUUUACCACCAAUUUCCACAGUCGGAAUGACAAAGGACAAUAUGGCGGAAUUGAUGGAUGAAGCCUACGAUAAAAUGAACAAAGUUUUCCAAGAAACCUCUCAGGAAGUUCUAGCUUUACAUGUCGACAAUUCAAAUUCGAAAUAAUGAGAGUAAGGAAACUUAUGGGGAAAAAAUUGUAGUAAUAAUAAUCCAAAGAGACAGUGCACGAAGAUCCAGACGAAAUGGCAAAUAUAUUGACUGAUGCCAGCGUCAUACUUUAUACACACGUAGAGUUGGAAAUUCCAUGGAAACUUGGAUUACUGACCUUGGCGUCGGUACAGUAAGAAUUCGUGUACCUAGUAGAAUCGAUUGUUGCCACAUACAACUAUUUUACAUGAAAAAUUCGAACAGUUGUAUACGUGUAAACGCUAUACGUAUACAAUAUCCCGCACAACAUUUUUUAUACAGACUUUUAGAUGAUGUCGACACAUUGUAAGGAAAGCAAAAAAGAAAAAAAUAUAUAAGUCGUCUAUCACGCACACGCCUGUUAUAUUGUAUACGCGAUAUAUGCAUAUAAAUGUUUACCAACGAUCGAUUGUGAACUGAAACAAAACUAACAUAUCCAAAUUACGACCGAUCAUAUAUCCAAUUAUAGUAUUACGUAAAAGUCGUGUACAGCAUAUGAAGAAGAGUAAAUGUCGGGUGAAUUACGUUUUCUUUUCUAUCUCAAUCUAAAUUCAUUUUAAACAUUUUAAGAUUGCAAAUAAAAAUCUGGUAACAUGUUCGAGUUUUGGUUAAAAUUCAUAGAGUUUAAAUUUAGGUCGGCUAUUUCAUCAAGGUGAAUUGAUUUUCAAUCGAAUUGAAGGUAUGGGUGAAAUUGGAUCCCAACACCAUUUACUUGAACUGAUUGUGAGAUCUUUGAUGUUUUUUUUCAAAAGCGAUAUCUUUACAUAUGUAGAUUAUUAUUUAAGCCUAACGCACAUUCGCUGGUUAGUCCCACAGCAGCUGUGCACAAACUUUAUUAUUUAUGUUGGUAACAGGGACUAAUCUCAUGUAUAUACUCCGACUACUUCGGAUUAAUGUGAAAUAUUUUUCUGGUGUUGAUUGUUCAUGGUCUCUAGAAAUUUUUGUCAUGACAUUAAUACGACGCAUAGGAAAGACAAAAAUGAACCGGCGCAAUUCAAAUAGUCUCGUGACACAACAUAACUUCUGGUUCCCGAAAUACGAAUGUAUUCGUACAGUUUCUUAUAAAAAAAAAACACCUUCUUCCGUUAUAUUUAUCAAAACUUUGGAAAUUUUGAGGACAAAACUUUACUAGUCCGAAUGGCUAAGAACUUUGGGUGUUUUUAACCCCGUUUUUUCUAUUUUUUUUUUUGUUUUUCAUUACAAUAAAUUUUUAAGAUUUUGAAUAAUCAAGGUUUUCCGAUGGUUCGCGGUUGUACAUUGAUUUUCGAACUCUGUAAAUACGUAGUUUUUGUGCAAGUAUUGGAAUGUGAAUUAGGUAUCCUGAGCUAUUAUAGUGGCCUUAAAAUAAAUCUAGAAUAUACGCGCGAUUGAGAACCUCGUUAUUGUAAUAACCCAAAGAAUUAUUUAGUGGUGAUUGUCAUUUACCCAAGUAACGCAGACAUAUCGAUAUUAAUCAUCUAAAUGCAAAUCAUAUAUCCCAGUUGGCGGACGGUCACAAAACAUGUUGUUUUUUGUAACAUCAUGAAAAAUUUUGCCCGCUGCCUUUGAAUGUAACAUUUGUAACGAUUUUUUUUUUUAUUUUAUAAAGAACAUUUUGAACCUGUUGGUGAACUGCUAAUCAACAAUUGGAUCUGUGUUCAAUUCAUUCUAUUUUCCAAUAAUUUCGGAAUAUAAACUCUCAGCUUCAGUACAAUCAGUGCACUGCAACGGAAUACGCCAAAUAUUUUUAUUCCAACACUUUCCUUUUGAAAGUCUGAAGUCAUUUGAUCAGCAAUCAAAAACGGUUUAAAGUGUAAAUGAAAAUAUUGAGGAAUUAGAUUAAUUACCCCGCACACAACGUGCAUGACCAUUGUGUAAUAGUGUAAGUCGGUAAUGAUGAAAAGGCAAGUUGGUAAAUAGUUUAAGAGAAAAAUGUACAGAAUAACUUUUUCCAAUCUCCGCUCCGUUGUUCCUGGUGUGCAUACACGUAUAAAGCGUGUAUGCAUCUACGUAUAUAUGUAGUUAUGUCUGUCUCAUUAGACGGUAACGACAAACUAUGUAUAAAUAUAUAGGUAUAUUUUUUUCUGUACUAAAUAUCACGUCAUACACUAUUUCUAACUGUUGAUCAACACGACAGUUGAUGUGAGGGCUUAUUUAUUAUCCGUAUACGAAUAGUUGAUAAUAUUAUACGUAUAUUGUACUGAUACAGUUAUGGUACUGAUUAUUGUAGUUUAUGAUAUAAUUACGUAUAUGAUGUAGGUAGUCGCGAGCACGUGUAGAAAUGUUGUUAUUAUUGUAAUAAAUUAUUUUAAACUAUAA